GUUCAGUUACAACUGACUUGGAGCUUCACAGUAAAUCAUAAACCAUCUUUUCUUCUAUCCAUCAACCAUGUAUUGUAUAUUGCGCCUCCUCUCAUCUCCAUCUUCAGCUCAGCUAUAAUUUUUACGGACAUACCAAAGACAAAAACGGAUAACAAAUUCAAUUUCCGAUAUUCGUUUUAAUCCGUUCGACCUUCACCCAAAACACUAUAGAUCAUCAAGUCAUCAAUUCACAUCAAGCCAGUCGCGUUACUCUAGAGCAAAGUCGCGAAUCCAUUCAAUUCGUUCGUUCGUUUGGUCCGCACCUGGAGCUACCCGGUUACGAUCUUUGACCCAUUUGAUCCUCGAGGUUUCUAAAACCUACCUGCCUGUCACAAUCUAGGCUCGACAUCGUCACUCCCCAGCUAUCACACGCCUACCGCGACGACGAUGGCCUCAACAUCCCAACCCCAAACCAACGGGGUUCCCUCAUCCUCAGCAGCAGGUCCAUCGCAACCCUCCCAACCAACCCAGAACACCGCAACAAGCGGCACCACAACCGUCGCAAACACCCAAGCAACCAACGCCUCAACAAAUAACACCACCGCACAACCUAACGCAGCCAACGCCGCUACCCAACAAGGCCCCUCCUCACCGACCCCCUCGCACGCCCCGCGCCCACGAGACGCGCGCACAAUCGAGCUCCUCCUAACCUCGCAAGGCGUCACAUCAUUCGACCAGCGCGUGCCUCUCCUCCUCCUCGACUUCGCCUACCGCCACGCGUCGUCCGUCCUAAGCGACGCGAUCCACCUCUCCACGGACCCGUACACCUCGCACGCGGGAUCCAAACCAAGCGGGUCCUCCGGCGCGGCCCCCAGCGCCCCCGGCGUCACCGACGCCGUCGUCAGCACAAACGCGAUAAACCUCGCAAUCGCAUCACGGCAAUCCUUCCAGUUCCGGGGCGGGGCAGGAGGCGCAGCGGGCGGAGGCGGCGCGAGCAAAGACUGGCUGCAGGAGCUGGCGCGGGAGCGGAACAAGGUGGCGCUGCCACGGGUGCUCGCGAAUGAAUGGGGAGUGAGGCUCCCGAACGAGCGGUUCGUGCUGAGUGGCCAGGGAUGGGGGUUGGCGGACCAUUGGGAGGGGGAUGCUGAGGAUAGCGAUGAUGAGGAGAUGGAGGAGGAUGGGGUUACGAAAAAGGGAGUGGAUGCUGCUGGUGCUGUGGCGGAGGGUGGGGGUUUGGAGGAAUUGCUUGGUGAUGGGAUGGGGGAUGAGGAGAUGGAGGGGAUGGAGUGAUUUGGCAGUUAUAGGUUGCGGUUACGAUUUUCUGGGCAGGUUUGAUGAUGAGAGUGGGUGUUGGUGCUAUGGUGUGGAGUGAGUGAGUACUACGACUAUGGAUGGAGAAUUCGGCGUGUUUAACGACGAUAUACUUGUUGUAUAUUUGUCUGUACAAGCGA